AAUUAAGGCUAAUUAAGUGACCAGGUGCGUUGACAGGAAGUCUACAAAAACACUGCCGCCCUUCAUUCCGUCCCAGUGUUUUGGUGCAAAGACAAAAACGCGUAUUGGCAAUGCAUUUCAAACAUAAAGGAUACUUCGGUGUUGUGCUUAUUUACACCAUCACAACAAUCGCUUUGCCUCUAGUAAGCCGGUGUGAGCCUACUGCGUCCUCCUUCCAAUCGAAUUCUCCUCCUGAUGACAGCAAAGGUCAUUUAACUACGGAAAGCAGCAGCAGUCAUUCCUCCGGCCCUGACGUCGGAGAGCGGUUGGACCUCGGCUCAAGGCGCGCAGAAGACCUCCUAAACUCUGACGACCUCCACAGCAGGAAAGAGAAACCCAGCAGCAGCCCCGAAGAAAAGCCCGAGAAGAGACUAAGACCCAAAAUGGCGUCUUCUUCGGGUCCUACAGGUGUCAGUGACCGUCACAACCCCAGGCAAGCCGAGGACGAGCCGGUUUAUUCAUAUGGAGACUGCAGAGAGGGGAAAAUUAAGCACGUAGUUUACGGCAAGUUUGUCAUCGCUGGCCAGCUGGAGCCAAACGUCCCAACUCUCGACUACCAAUCAGAGUCCUCUGCUUCAGUCCGGUCUCUGGGAAGCCAGACAAGGCUCAGGGGUCACCGGGUCAGCAGCACAGUGGAGAGCUGGCAGAGGCUGCUCCCUGUGGUGGAGUGUGAGGAGGACGGCAUGACCCUCACUGUCAGGAGGAGACGAGCUGCACAGCUCUUGCUGGACCGAGCGACUGAAUCAUCGGUGCCUCUGUCCCAGCUACCACCACAGUGUGGUUAUACUCUUCAGACCACAUGGAGAGACCUCCGUUUGAUGGUUCCAUAUUACGCUUGUCAUGUCAUUCAAAAGGAUGGCAGUUAUGUGCUGCCCCUGCUAUGGAGGGGAACCCCGGUCAAGAUGUCCUGUCCAGUCUCUCAGAUCAGCCCUCACACUGUGGGGCUAUCCUCCCUCUGCUGCUCUUCACAUGGGAUGACUGUCAAAGUACAUGAAUCGACUCCUUUGGAGAAGCAGAGAGUAAAUGUGAGAGGAGAUUGGACCCCUCUAGCUCUGUUGGCUGAGCAGUGUGGCUACACUUUGGCUAAGCAAGAUGCAGAUACUGUAAUUGCUGCUCCGUUUAUUACAUGUGGCAUCACAGAAAAGGAUGGAGAAUAUAUACUUCCUCUCCAGAUAGGCAAGGAAAUCUUCACACUUGCCUGCCCUAUGUCUUCUCCUGAAGAGCUCUCCGUUAACACUCAGCCUCUGGUCAACAGCCCAGCUCAUCUAACCAGGGGGGCAGAAGAACCUAUGUUAGGGGCUCAGGAGCCUUUUCCAUGGGCCCCUCCUUUCUACCUGGCUCCACCGUACUAUCCUCACCCUACAUAUCACCAUAAUUAUGCCAGUCCUAAAGUACAUGCUUCAUAUGAUUCUCCUACUCCAGCAUCUUUGACUCCUGAGCCGACUUCUAGCUCUCAGCUUCACCCUCCUGUUGAUUUCCAGCCAGAUUAUCAACCCUACUACGUCUACCAGAUGCCUUUCUGGGAGCCGUAUGACAGUCCUCCGUCACUCGUUGAAGAAAUGGAAGAUUUACGUCGGGAGAACCCAGAAAGAAGAAAAAAUCAAGAAACUCCUUUUUUGGCGUUCUCUGAGAAGCACAGUGUCACACCUACAGGCUUUCCAGCUCAGCUCGAAGUGCCGCAUUUCCAGCCUCUGAGACACGAUUUCAAUCCAUACUACCACUACUACCAUCACCCCAAAAUCCCCCUUUCUGGCAAACCUCAAAACCCUGAUUCAGGUCUGGAUGUUUCUCACGAAAUCUCUUCAGCUCACUUGCGUAAACAUGAAUUUUCAGCUUUGGCCCCCAAUGUUGAACAGUCUAAGAGCAUCAGGAAAGUCACCUCGGACCAGUUCCCUCCACCUGUGUCAGAGACUACCUUUUAUCCCUACGCCCAACCGGAAAAUGCUAAAUUGGUUGACAAAACCCUUGAAACUCAUGCUCCUCACCUUCUAAACCCAUAUCUUUACUACUAUUACUUUCCACAUAUUUCAAGGGUUGAGGCUGAAAGACUGGUUCCAUCACAUCCCGACAUGCCUGGAGAAACAAACUUGUCGAAUUCCUCACCACUUCCUCCUUCACAAAUUCUUCCAGUAAAUGAGCACAACAUGAAUGCCUACAUAAAAGCACACAAGAACUUUGAAAAAUAUAGCACAGAGCAGAUCAAACAUCCUAAUUUGUCUGCUAAAGUACAUUUGGAGCACAAAGAUGCAAGUCGCUCUGCAUCGGUGUCUCCUGCAGUGCUGCCUCCAGUCUCACAAGGUCCCCAUCAUAGACUUGAGCCUCAACAACGCCCUCCUCACACUCAAUCAUUCAUCAAUCAACUAAAUCCUUACCAGUACUACUACCACCCUUAUUAUCAUUACUCUCAGAUGUAUUACAGACCUGGAAACCAAGUUUCUCCAGCUUCACCCCAUCUUCUUCAAGCACCUUCUGCUCCGGCUCAACAUCUGACUCCACCUGCACAAUCAGUGUAUGGUUUUCAUAACUGGAUGCAUAGUCCUUUCUAUUAUCUAUACUACCCAUCUAAAGUGCCCGAAGGCAACGAGCUCCAUCCUACAGGCAGCAUAAACUCUGAAAACAAAUCUGCUAAAUCUCAGCUUCCCUCAGACUUUGACUAUGGCAUGAUGGCAGGAUAUUUUAACAUCCCUCCGCCACUGCACAAUCCUUUCCAUAGUUUAUAUUCACAUUAUAUUACUCAGCAGCACCAUAAUGAGCAAUCUGAGAAACCUGAUGAAGAUGCGAAAGAGAAUCUAGACAAAGUGAGAGAUUACCUCGAGGCCCACACGUACACGCCCUCCGCCUCACCCUGCGGCCUUGGAUCUGUGUCAGAUACUGAUUGCAGUAACUCUUUAGGCUGCUGUUCAAACACUGUGAAGGGCUGUACAGUGGGACAGUACUGCGUCUUUGCGGUGCCUGACUCUGUAGUACAGCCCACAGUUGCUCCUCCGGCUCAUUCCCCUGAGGACAUUAAUGCUUCCUGCACGCUGCAGAGGUUGACCCCUGAUCUUGACAUCUACAUUGUACCUCUGGAUGGCUGCGGAGUAAACAAACAUAUGCUUGGCGAGACGGUGGUUCAUCUUUUGGAAGUUCGAGGUUUACAUCCUUACCAAAACGGCAAUUCUGCACAUGAAAGUUCUCCUUUAAGGUUUAUGGUGGGAUGUAGUUCCUCAGCAGAUUCUCCAGGUGAAGUGAAGUUUCAUGUGAUGGAUGAACAGCCUCCUCUUCCUCUCUCACAGCCAACACCAGCCGCUGUCACUGUGCAACUGAGAAUUGCCGAAGAUGAGUCUUUCACCAGCUACCACCCUGAAGCUCACCUCCCUCUCAGCCUCUUGCAGGGCAGAACAGUUUAUGUGGAGGUUAGCCUGAAGGACCCCUCAGAGUCCACACUUGUGCUGCUGGUUCACUCCUGCCUGGCUUACACUGACGCUCCAUAUCCCAGUGGGAUUCUUGUUUAUGAUGGCUGCAGCAGCCUGGGGGUUUUGCAGAUGCUUCCGACCUCGGACUUGCAGGUCCGGAAGAUCGCAAUUUACAGCUUCCUCUCUCUUCCACCACACAUGACUAAAGGGGGCUCCCUCCGAGAAGACCCAGAGAUCCACUUCUUGUGCCUGACAGAAUUGUGCUCUGAUGACUGCACCCUAAGAUGCCUCGAAGGUCCAAACACUGGUGUGUAAGCAACGAAAUAAAGAGUAUUACACAAGUGCAA